CCGGACCCAUCACCGAAGCCGACGCCGACGUCAGCUCCGACACCCGAUCCAACACCGGGACCGACACCAACGCCAGCUCCCACGCCGGACCCGUCACCAAAGCCGACGCCGACACCAGGGCCUACGCCGGCACCAACAUCUGUCCCAACAGGCAGCCCUGACAAGACGACACCAACGCCAACGAUGAUUCCCAUCGACGUUACAACGCAACCACCUGCAACAGUCGAUCAAAGCCUCCAGAACCUCCUCAAGAACCCCGAGACGCAGACGCCGGCGCCUACGAACCUCGACAACCAGUUCUUUGGCCGAACGACAGCGCCGCCGAGCAACGCGACGACGGCACCGGUACUCGACGACCAACAAACCGUGCCGCCCAACGACCACAGCAACAUCA